AUGAUCUUAUGGAGUGGUACUAAAGAAUGUAUUUCUGUCUCUGUCUCUCUCUAUGUCUCGCUGUCUCUCUCUCAGCUAGGAAACGUUAACAAGAAAUGCAGUUCUUUUGAAACAGAAUGUGCUGAUCUGAAAAAUGUGGUCCAGGACCUCUCAGAGAAACUUUCUUCAAACAAAGAAAAAGUGCAGAAACAGGAAGUUGCAAUGGAAGUUCUACACCAGGAUCUAGACCAGGCAAAUGAUGAGCUAGAGCGGCUUAAUUCAAUCCACGUGGAGGAGCGAGCCCGCCUGAUAGAUGAUUUACAAAGCUGUGAAAGAGAGAUUGACCUGCUUAAAGAGACAAUUGCAGAGAAGGCACACGAAUUGACUGACCUUUCUAAGACUGCGGUGGAAUAUUCAGAGCACAGUAAAAUACUGAAAGAGCAAAAUAAAUGUAAGGAGCAGGAGGUUGGAGAACUUAAGGCAGCCUUAGAAAAGGUUGAAAUGGAGGUCAUGCUACUAAAGAAAACUCAAACUGUUGAUGAACAGACCAUGAAAGCCAGCAUUUCUGCACUUGUAGAUCAACUUUCUCAGAUGGAGUCUGAGCUCAGCAAUGCUAGGAGUGACAAUGAAACAAAGGGGAAAGAAAUUGCAUCCUUAUUGAAGCAGAUUGGAGAAAAUAAUAACACAAUUCAAGGUCUACAUUCAGAAUUACAGAAGCAGAAAAUAUCAAAUAAAGCUCAUCUUGUGGAUUGUAGUGCUCAGAUAUCCUUUCUUGAAAAUAAGAUCAUCAUAGCCACUCAACAGCUUCAAGAAACAAAUGCUGCAAACCAACAAGAAAUUGAAACUCUCAAGGCUCAAUUGAUUGAAAUCAACUUGGCAAAAGCAAGACUUGGCAGUUCUCUCCGAGAGAAGGAGGAAAAAGAACAAUGUUUGGAGAAUGAGCUGAAAACUUUGAAGAAUCAAUGCAACAAUCUGAUAGCUGACACUGUAGGAAAAGAGGAGGAGUUGACAAAGUUGUCCAAGAAAUUUGCUGAACAUAAAGAAGAAGCUAAAAUCAGGCUGCAGGAGAAGUUGGAUUAUGUUGCCUCUUUGGAGAGAAGGCUUCAAGCUAUUCAAGAAACCAAUUCUCAAUUUGUCCAAGAAGUACAAGCUAAAGAAACUGAAAGGCAAGAUUUGAAAAGGCAGGUAGAUGAGAUGACCAAAUUACUCACUGACUCACAAAGACAAACACAAAAACUUAAUGAAACAAAUGUGCAGCUGCAGGCAACAGUGAAAGAGCAAGUUCAAAGCCUUUCAGAGCAAGCUAAACUUCUGUCCGAAUCAAAUGAAAGAGUUGCUAAUACUUCGGAGAUCCAGUUCGAUUUAGAGCAUCAGAUAAAAGAACUGAAUAUUAAAAAUGAAAAUCUCAAGGAGGUUGUCAAUAAUAAAGAAGAUGAGCUUUUAAAGAAAAAUGAUGUUGUCAAACAGUUAGAAAAAGGAAUAGCUUCCAAAGAAGAGCAGAUUUCACUGUACAUAAGUACAGUUUCUGAGCUUCAAAAACAUAAAGAGUCUAUAGUCCCAAAACUAGAACUUCUGAAAACAUUGGAACAGAAGGAACUAACACUGGAAAAGCAAUUACGUGAAAAAAUAAACGAGUGUAACUUUCUGAAAGAUCAAAUUCUAGAGAAUCAGAAAAGCACUGAGCAGGUUCGAGGGCAACUGCAGUCCUUGACAGUCCAGCUUGGAGAACUUCGUCUUUUACAUGCUGAAAAGGAGGAUUUAUUAAACAGUAAAAUUACCGAAUGUAUCUCACUCCAAAACCAGCUCCGUGAAGGACAGGAAACAUUGAUGCGUCUACAAGAUCAGAUUCAGGAUUCCAAUAUUGAACUUGGGGUCAAAGAUGUAGCUUUAAAACAAAAGCUAUCUGAGUGCAGUGGUCUGCAGAAAACAUUAAGUCAGCAACAGCUUAUUGCUAAAAGCUUAGAGAAUCAAGUACAUGCAUUGACUGAAGAAAGGGAAAAUCUCAGGCAACUGUUAGAAAAUAGAGAAUCGCUCCUAAGUGAUAAGUCCAACGAAUGCCAGGCACUACAAGGACAGCUUGAUCAGAAAGCCAAUACAAUUGUAUUCUUGCAAAAGCAAAUGGAAACACUGACUGUUGACAAAAAAUGUCUUCAGAGUGAAAAUGAAGAGCUGCAAAUAUCUUUAAGUAAGUGGACUGCUGAGCACAAUCAACUGCUGGAAAAAAUAAAUGACUGUGAGUCUGUGGCUGCCCUUGCACAGGAUCAGGCAAAAAUUCUUGUCACUGAAAAUCAGAAACUUAAAGAGCACCUUGAAAAUGUGAAUUCUACACUAUGCAGUAAAACAGAUGAGGUUACAGCCCUUCAGUCCUUGCUGUCACAAAAGGUGGAAAUGAUAACCUCGCUGAAUGAAAAUGACUGUACCUUCGAUGUUAGUAAUGGGAAAUUUACACUGAAUCUUGAAGGGAAACAGAUUGCACCAAAUCAGCAGGCAAUGUUGCUGCAACAGGAACAAGGCAAGGUAUUGCAGGAGGACAGUCAGAUGAGUCAAUACGUGCAGAUAAUUUCGCAUUUACAAGCUCAGGUGCAAAUUAUCACAUCUGAAACUGCUCAGCUUAAACAGACGUUGCAAGAAAAAGAGACAGCUCUUCAACAGAAGGCUUACUUAGAUGGAGAACUUCAGAAAAUGACAGCAGAGCAAGAGGCAUUAAAAUUGCAAUCUGUGGAAAAUACUGGAAUCAUUUUGAAACUUCAGAACCAAAUCCAGGACAUGACUUCUAAAACAAAUGAGUUAAAAUGUAACAUUGAAGAAAGAGACAAGCUGCUGGCCUGUAAAGUCGAAGAGUGUGUCAAAAUCAAAGCAACAUUCUCUGAAACAGAGGAUACAGUUUCACAAUUUCGAGAGCAACUGGCAGCUGCCAGUACUGAAGCUGAACAGCUGAGAACGACUAUUCAGGAAAAGGAGAUGAUAGUGCAACAGAUCAAGGAAAGUACCACAAUUUGCAAUGAAGCAUUAAUGUUAAAAAUACAAACAAAGGAAACGGAGUAUACAGAACUUAAUGAAAAGUUUACUAAUCUUGAACAUUUAUUUUCACAAUGUAAUAAUCAAAUGAACCAACAGAAUUCAGAAAUAAGUCAAUUGAAACAGGUUCUUGUGCAAAAGGAAGCUUCAAUUUUAGAGGAAAGAAAACUUGUCAGGAAAUGGCAAGACCGAGCAAGUGAGUGUGAUUUUCUGAAAUUGGAAUUCGCUGAGAGUACAAAGAAGGUUUCUCGACUCCAGAGUGAAGUGCAGUACCUGAUGUCUGAGUCGAAGCGACUUGAGGAGUUACUGCGGGAGAAAGAAACUGCUUUUAGCCACCUGCAGGAAAGGUAUGCUGCGCAGACUGAACAGUUUGAGGAAUUCCGUGAAAUGCUUCAUGUGAAGGAGCAAGAAAUAACAGAACUUCAGGCAGCACUUUGUGCAAAGGAUGCCAGUGUUCAAGUCAUAGAAAGUAAUGCAAAUGCUUUUAUGAUUGAAGUUAAGUCACUAAAAGAGGAACUGCAAAAGAGUCAGGUAUCACUAACUGACUAUAGGGAUGUUUUACAGCAAAAAGAUGAAACAUUUGCUAUCAGUCAGAGGAACAUGGAGAGUCAAAUUGUAACUCUAGAAGCGCAAAAGAUCGAAUAUAAAGAAGCUGCAGAACGACUUGGCAUGAUUAAUCAAGAUUUAAAACAGAAUGAACUAAUCCUUCAGAAGAAAUAUUUGGAUCAGACACAUCACAUUGAGAAACUUGACUCAAAGCUAAAGGCUUUGAGUGAAAAAUCUGCUCAAGACUAUCAAGAUAAAACAGCACUGGUUGAACAUCUUUAUCAACAGAAUGAUCAACUUAAAAAAGAAAAUUCACAAUUGGAUCACCAGAUUAACAUGAUGAAGAUGGAAAAGGAACAAGUGAGUGCCUCAUAUCAGCAGAAAGCGAAUGAAUUACAGGUGCUUGAAGAAAAGCUUGCAACAAUGUGUGAUAUCAGGGAAAAACUUGAUGUUACACAGCGCAUGAAAGAUGAAAAUGAAUCUCUUCAAAACCAGGUCAGUGUUAAAUCAGAGCAAAUAGCAAAACUGAAACUGGAAGUUAAAAAAUUAGAACAAAAUCUGACUGAAUCAGAAAGGAAAUCAUUAGAAUUUGGUAGUGAAACUGAGAAAAAUAAUCUGCUAACAGAGAAAUUGAGCAAUUUAGCGAAUCAAUUAGAGUUGAAAGAUGUUAAAAUAGACAGCUUGCAAAAGGCUCUAGAUAAUUUGCAAGAGAAACUUGGUGAACAGUCAUCUGUAAUAAAAACCAGUUCAAGUCGUCUGAAAGAGCAAGAAGUGUUGGCAUCAAACUUCAGUCAACAAGUUGUUGAGAAACAAUCCAAACUGGAUGAAUUGUCAACUUUGGUUUUAAGUACUGAAUCUGCUGUUGUUGAGUUAAAGCAAAUUCUGUCUGAGAAAGAAAAAGAAAUUGAAAACUUGCGAAGGAGCAUUUCAGAAAGUGAAAAACGAAGUUCAGAAAUUACAGGAAGCUUGAGCGAUAAAUUAAAAUCUUUUGAAGAAGAAAAGCUCUCGCUUUGUAAUGAGCUCAAGCAAACCAAGUUAAGUCAUCGUUUAGAACUAGAAGCUUUACAAAGACAAGUAGCUGAUCUUCAAGAGAUACAAUCACAAGCUAUACUAAGAGAAAAACAACCCUUUUUAGAUGAGAGUAUCCAACAAAAUAAUUCAACAAAAGAGCAGAUCAGUGCUUUGAAGGAUGCAGUCAAGGAAGAGGCUCAGCAUUUUGAUUCCUUGCAAAAGAAGGAACAAGCAGCACACUUACUGAAUAUGCAAGUGAACCAACACCAAGAGAUGGUAAUUUCUGUCAGCCAGCAGCUGAGAGAAAAAGAAGCUACAACCAUGCAGCUUACAGAAUCGAAAUUAAAGGAAAUUGUUAAAGCAGCAGAAGAGGAAAAACAUUUGACUGAUCAAAUACAAGAGCUUAAAGUUCAGCACCAUGUUUCUAAUGAAAAGAUAGAAAAGCUUACAGAUGAACUGGUCAAAUAUAAGAAACAACUAGAAGAGCAAGAAAUUAUUUUGAAUUCAAAAGAAAUCCAAUACGAAGGCAUUGCUGCCAAAAAUGAACAGCUACUUUCACAAACAGAAGUGCUUACAAAGGAACGGGACAUACUCAAAAAGAAAUUUCAAGCUGCACUAAUAACUAGAAGGGAUUUGAUGAAGAAAGUUCAAGAGUUGCAGAAAGGAGCCAUUGCUGAAAAAGAGAAAGAUCAGCAAAUCACAGAAAUGCAGCAUAAUUACAGAAUGCUUGAAAGUCAGACACAAGAGUUGACCUCGGAAAUGACAAUUAGUCAGAAACAAAUUAAACAGCUUGAAUCACAUCUUGAAGUCCUCAAACAACAGUUGGUAGAAAAGGACAGCGAUAUAAAUAUUCUUAGUGAGACCCUUUCCAAAAAAGAAACUGAUAUAGAACAGUUGGAAAGAAAGUUCAGUAAAUAUGAAAUGGAAAAAGAAGCCAUGUCUGUUGAAUUGCUUCAAACUAUUCAAAAGAAAGAUUCCUCAAUUGCCCAACUCCAGGCUAUUUUAAAAGACAAAGAAAAAGCAUUUGAAGAUGAGCGCUGUCAACUUAAUUCAGAUCUUGAGAAAAUUAAAAUUUCUUUACCAAAACAAACAGAGUGUUCAAACAUUGAAUCAUCUGGUAGGAAUGUCAAUCCUGGAAAUGAUAAUAUUGAUUUCAUUGAGCCACUAAAUGUGCUUAAACAAGAAAAGGAACAUUUACAAAAGAAACUUCAGGCAGCUCUUUUGGCUCGAAAAGAAGCUAUCAAAAAGGUUCAUGAGAAGGAUAAAAACCAUAAAGAGCAGUUGUCCCUACAGAAGGAAGAAUAUAAUCACAUUUCAGAAAUGUAUUCUGCGCAAACCAAAGAAUUAGAAAAUGUGAAAGAAGAAUUAGCUGCACUCCUCCAAACACAUCAAACAAAGCUAAUGGAAUUUGAGUGUAAUAGAGAACUAACAGGGACUCUGCAAAAGCAGUUGCAGUCUGUCACUGUUAUGCUUAAUGACAAAGAAAAGGCAUUGGAACAGCUUAAAGCUCAACUUGAGAAGCAGGAAAGCAAAAUGCUUGCUGCCUUAAGUCAGCAAGAUGAAGUUCAGAUCCUUGAAAAGAAAUUAACAAGCAUGGUUUCCUCAUUAGCAGUUAAGGAUACUGAUGUGAAAAGCCUUCAAAGUGAGAACGACCAACUUCAACAAGAGUUAGGAAGAGCACAAGCUAAGAUUAUUGAAUCAUCUGAAGAAACCCAAAUGAUAAAGCAUUCUCUAACCAGUCUCGAGCAUCAGUAUCAAGAGGAAAAGGAGCGCCAGGCUGCAGAGAUUAGUUGGCUUCAAAAUGAGUGGCAUUCAAUACAAGCUGAAGCUGAAAGCCUCAAAAUUGCCCUGGAGGGAGCGCUAAAAGAUAAAGAAAAUUAUUCUCAAACUCUGGAAAAUUCAGCUAAAGAUUUGGCUUGUCUCAAAACAGAGCUAUUGGAUUUACAAAGAGAGAAAGAUAAAAUUGAAGCACAGCUUAAUAUUUUCCAGGGGGAGAAUGCAGAAGUCAAAUCAAUAUUGCAGCAAGCUUUCCAGUCUCAAAAAGCAAAUGAAGAAGAGAAGCUGCAUACACAAAUACUGCCUGCGCAGUCAGAGCUAGCAAAGAUGUAUGAGAGAUUACAAGAACAGGAUAACACUGUACAGACAUUGGAAUGUACGUUGACUGCAAAAGAGAAGCUCGUAGAAGAACUGGAAUUGCAAGUUCAGAAGCAAUUAUUUUAUGAAAUAGGAAAGGAAAGAGGAAAGAUUUCUACCCCUGAAGUUCAACAGAAGGCAGCAGGCAAUCCUGAAGAGUGCAGGUCUAAAGAACUGAUUCAAAGAAAGCUACAAGCUGCGCUAAUAUCCCGGAAAGAAGCCCUGAAAGAAAAUAAAACUCUUAAGCAUAGUAUUAACGCUUUAACAUCAGAAAAAGAAGUUCUUAUUUCCAAGAUUUCUACCCUUGAAAGAAGCUUAGUUGAAAUAAAGAAACAGCUGGAGUCUUUACAGCAAGCUAUUUCAGCACAUCAUGAAGAGAAGACGAUGCUUCUUUCUGAAGUAAAUGAAAUAUUUGCAGAAAAACAGAACUUAAAUGUUGCAAAUGAAAGUCUAAAGCGUACACUAGAAACAAUAACAGAAGAGAAGCAAGACCUUUCUCACCAGUUGGAUUCAUUGAAAAAUUCUCAGGCAUCUGAGCUGUCGGAGUUGAAAGCAAAACACGAUGAAUUAAAGCAUGAAUAUGAAUCCCUUUUACAGUCCUAUGAAAACAUUGGAAACGAAAUGGAUAAAAUGAGACAGAUAGUUGAAACAACCAGAAAGGAAAAGCAAGAGAUUGUUUACAAAUUCCGUGAAGUUGAGGCUAAGAGGCAACAUAUUGAGAAACAACUCGAGGAGGUGAGUGAUCAGAAUGAAAAAACUAAGGACAAAAUGAGAAAACUUGCAAAAUCCAAGCAACAGAGAGUUCAGGAACUUGAAGAUGAAAUUCAAAGAAUCAGCACUGAGUUGCAAGCUAUUUCUGCAAAUCAGAGCCACACAAAUGAAUUGUCUGUUCAAUGCAAUCAACUCAGAGAGGAGAACAAAUUGCUAAAACAAACCUAUGAGAAACUUAAAUCAGAAUUUAAUAAAACUCAGAAGGAAAAUGAGCAUUUACUGAAGGUACUUAAUACAUCCACAUCUAUCUUUGAUGAGCUACAGGCCAAAGAGACAUUUCAUCAGUCUGAGUUAGGAUCCAAAAUUGAUGAUAAAUCCCAAAUAAAUGAGCCAUUAUCUCCAGGCAAGCAAAUUUUGGAGGCCGAGGAUGGAACGUCUCAAGGUGUAGAGCAAACAAGACCACUAUUGUCUGAGAAACUUCAACAAUUGAAGUUGUAUCACAAGAUGGAGAGCCAAGAAGAAGAAGGUAUAGUUACAGAACUUCAACAAGUAGUGAAAGCCUGUCAGGAAGAGAUUGUGAACUUAAAUGAAAAAGUAAAAAUUUUAGAAGAUGAUAAAUCCCUUCUUCAAGAAGAACUUGAAAAUGUUCAAGAAAUGUCUGACAAGGUCAAAAAUGAGAAAGAGUAUCUGGAAACAGAGUUACUUAAAAAUGCGGACAAACUUGAUCAGUUAACAGAUGCACUGAAGACACUUCAUGUACAAAAUAAUUCACUUAUCAAUGAAUUGGAUAGCUUCAGACAAGAGAAAUGCCAGUUGGUCAAUGCACAGGAAGCCCAGGAAAUAAAACUGGCAAAAGUGUUUGAGGAGAAGCUCCGGUCUGCUCAGAGAGAUAAAGCCAGAUCCAGUGGUGAAAUCAAACAACUGCAAGAACUAUUAAAAGAGAAACAACAGGAAAUAAAUCAGUUACAGAAGGACUGCAUCAAAUACCAGGAGCUCAUUUUGGACUUGGAACGAUCAAUCAAAGCAUCUGACUCGGCUUGUGAAGAAAUGCAAAAUAGACUAGAGUGUGCAACUACAAAAGUCUUCGAAUCUGAAGAACAAGUCAGAAUAGUUCAAGAAGAACUUGCUUCUAAUAAAGUUUUGCUCCACAAUACCAAAAGUGAAGCUGAUGGUGUUCGUGCACAGUGUUUAGAGUUAAUGAAAGAACUACAAAAACAAGAAGAGGAAGCGAAAGCCCAAAUUACUGAAAAAGAGAAGAAACUCCUUCUGAUUUUGGAUCAACAGAAAACAAUUCAUCAAAAAGAAAUAGUCAGUUAUCAGGACAAACUGGAUUUGACGGAGCGUGAUAAAGACAGGGUGGUUGCAGAACUCUUGGAAGUACAGGCUGAACAAAAUGGCCGUGAUCUGCUCAUUAAAAAGCUUCAGGACGAGUUAAAUAGUAAUUUGGCAAAUUUGGCAGCAUUCGCAAAAUGUAUGUCCUCUCUUCAAGAUGACAGAGAUAGAAUUAUUGAAGAAGGCAAGGAAUGGGAAACUCGAUUCCAAGAUACUAUCCAAAAUAAAGAACAUCAAGUGCAAGCAAAGGAAGAAAUGUUACAGAAACUUAAUGAAGAAAUCAAGCUAAAAUCUUUUGAUCUUCAAGAGCUGCAAUAUAGAUCUUUACAGUUGGAGCAGACAAUAAAUGAACUUACUGUGAGCAGCAAAGACGCAGAGGUGAAACACCAGAAUGAAUUAGUUAAUAUGAAAGCGCUUAUUUGCAAACACUCUGAAAAGCUUGAAGAGAUGGAGAGAUUGUUAAAAGAGAAAGAAGCAACUUUGAGCAAAUUGUUGCAAGAAAAUAAUGACUUAAGCACACAGCUUUCUGAUAUGAGCCAUUCAGUGACCAAGUUGAAAAUAACUGAGCAAAUGCUAGGAAAAAAUUUGGCAGAGAAACAAUCCGAAAGUCAUCAGCUUCUUUCUGAAAAUGAAAAAUUAAAUGCUGACCUAGAGAAGCAAAAUGCUAUUUCCCAGCAGCUGAAGCUAAUGCUAAACAAUAAGGACAUGGAGAUUUCAAAACUCGUUUCAUCAAAAGAAGGUGAAAUAUCAGAGUAUGUAGCAGAAUUACAAGAACAAUAUAGAACACAAAUGGAGGUCUAUGAGAGUAAGUUGAAGGUUUUCCAGCAUGAUAGCCGUAAAGCAGCCAAUGAAAUCAAAGAAUUGCAGGUGCAGAUUGAUAAAAGCAGAGAAGACAAAGACAAAGCUAUUGCCAAAAUAGAUGCAUUUACAAAAUCCAUGGCUUCUCUUCAAGAUGAUAGAGACCGUAUCUUAUCCGAAUAUACGCAACUUGAACAACGCCACCUUGAUAUGCUAAGUCAGAAGGAUGGUUUUAUUCAGGACAGUGCGACUGAAAACAACGAACUUAAACAAGAAAUCAGAAAUUUGCUCAACCAAAUGGAUGACCUUAAUUCUGAAAAUGCAAUGCUUAGAGCACAAUUGAUACAGUACAGGGAGGAACUUAACCAGGUCUUGUGCUUAAAAGAUAAUCAGUUGAAGGAGCUACUUCAAAAGCAACUCCAGCAAAUUAAGAAUCUUGAGACAGAUAAAAACAACUUUGAGGAACAAUGGAAAGAAGCACAGAAAUCCCUUGAAAAAUGCAAUGAAAGCAUAAGAUCCUUACAAGUAGAAAACAAGCAAAUUAUGGGACAAAUGAUAGAACUCAAGACUGCCCCUUUACACACACAAGAUAAAUCAAAAGCACGUGAACUAAAAAAGGAUUUUGACUUUAAAACAACCAUUUUAGAGGAACAUGAAAAUAAACUGUUUGAAGUUGAGAGUCUGACCAAGUCAGAAACUGUGUUUAAAAUCUCUGAGAAAGCUGUUGAAAUAGUUCAGGAAGGAACUCAGGAAGAACUAGUUGGAUCAUCAAAUGAUUUGUUAAAAGGGACGGUUUGCCUUAAAGACCAGAAUUUAUGUCAGAACUCCUCGGAAAUAACAUGGCUUAGGAAUAAAAUUGAAGAACUGGAAAAACUACUUCAAGCAAAGUUACAAGAACACACUGAACAAGACAUUUCUUGCUUCCAGAAUGAGUUGGCUGAACUAAGAUCAGAGAAGACCUUAGUGCUUUCAGAGUCUACUGCUACAAAAGAACAAUACCUCUUAAAAGUGGCUGACCAUGAUAGACAAAUUACUGAUCUGAGAAAAUUGAACCAGGAAGCAUGGAGUUGUGAACUGGCAAAUAGUGUGCAGCAGACGAAG